UACUUGCACAACCUACAAUGGCACUGGUCGUGGCCAACUCCCCAUCUCUAAAAGUUCUCCGAACUUCUUAUUAUUAAGCUCCCAAGAAAGCACUUUAGUCAGAACGAGACAGAUCUACUGAAUAAUCUAAUAAACAAAGACUUUGUCUCGAGUUAAGGAAUACUAUGGGAAGAACACCUUGUUGUGCUCAGGUUGGACUGAAGAGAGGAAGGUGGACUGCUGAAGAAGAUGAGAUCUUGACUAAAUAUAUUCAGACCCAUGGUGAGGGUUCUUGGAGAGACCUGCCCAAAAAUGCAGGGCUGCUGAGAUGUGGAAAGAGUUGCAGAUUAAGAUGGAUAAACUAUCUUCGUUUAGAUUUGAGGAGGGGAAAUAUCUCUGCAGAAGAAGAGGAGCUCAUCAUCAAACUACAUGGCCUUUUAGGCAACCGGUGGUCACAGAUUGCAGGGCGUCUGCCAGGCAGGACAGACAAUGAGAUCAAGAACUACUGGAACACUCACUUAAGCAGAAAACUUGGAGAUAGGGGAAUUGACCCAGUGACCCACAAGCCAUUCUACCAAAGUUUUAGCUUGCAGACCAAGACACAUGCUAAGUCUGAACAGAACUCAAGUAUUAAUACAUCUAAAGAAUCAGCAGAUACAGAAAAUUUAUUAGAAAAAGACCAACCCACAAGGGAAAAAUCAGUUGUCAUAACUGGAACAUUCAAGAGAAAGAAGGAUUAUCAAGACAAAGGAGCUCCAAGGAAGAAAAAGGCUACUACGGAGAAGCAUUCUUCAGUGAUUUCUAGCCAAUCUACCCUUGAAUCUUGUUCAGAGAACAUUCCCAAUGAAUCUGAACUUAAAAUAUUGUCUCAUGACUGCAGUUUAAUAGUAGAGGAGGAGUGUGGACCUGUGCAGGAUGAUGAACAUCCCACUUCUUCAUUCACAGAAAAUUCAUUAAACUUGUGGGAUGAAACAUUUUCAUCUAGUAUACUGCCUUAUGAAAUGGAUUUGUUUGGAUCAUUUGAUACAGAUGACUUAUUAAUGUUUGAUGACCAACUGGCUGUUUCAAAUGCUGCAGAUGACAACAGCUAUAAUAUGGAGGACACAGCAGAUGAUCUCUGGUGCUCCUUUCUGUCAAAUAUGGAGCCUUCUGAUUAUCCUUAGACUCUUUAACAUGGGUUUUGGCUAGCCCUUCUUUCCUGUAAUAGUGGUGGAUUUUGUAACAAUAACUGAGUAUUUUGCAAUACAGUGCAUGCAAAUUUCACUGCUUUUAGUGAUGUAGACUACAUUUAUGUUCUAGGUUGGCAUGUGCACAAUUUGUUGAGUAUUUUUAUUUCUCUCCAGAUCAAUAGUACAAGUUCUGUAAAUAGGGUUUUCAACUUGGCCCAUUGUUUCAGAAGGGAAGUAAGGUUGACACUGAUUUUGAUAAGGAUUUGUCCAAAUUAUGUGCCAACUUGUAAGAUUGGCAAAUUUGUCAAAGGGUAUUUGAUUUAAUGGUACGGUAGAAAAGUGAUCUAUUUGUAAA